AUGGACUGCUGGACAGGCCAAGCCAUCAUCGAAAAGUCACAAAAUCAGCCUGCCUUCCUUAUCGAAACGCCUGACAACUUUAUUCAGAAACCAUUGAGUCGACAAAAAACAGGAUACGAUGAAGGAAGUAGAUAUCAGGCUUCUCAUGCUUCACCUCCUGUUAUGCUAACAACCAUAUCAUCAAAUGAUGCUGUGCACUCAACGUCUAGUUUAACACCGCCUAGGCAAACUCAAAAGGCAUCUCAAAGUUUCGUCGAUCCUCUUGAUGUUGGUAAUCGUAUCUAUCAUAUCCGCUCACUAAUUCCGCUGUUUGAAAAUUACCGACCAAUAAUUGAGCCUCUUGGGAAAUACAAAAAUAACACGAAAGCACCGGAAAAGGCACACGACCAGAAGUUCCCUAUAUUUACCAAAGAAGAAUUGCGAAACUACCUUGAAGUACCCGAGUCUGCAAAAUAUAACCUCACCAAAUCUCACAAGGAUACUGUGGACCAUUUGCCAUCUUCUUAUCCAGGUGGCAUAUUUAAAGGCAAAGGUGUGGUUUUUACAUCAGGUGGGAAAUAUUUACCUAUAAUGGUGACAUCGUUGAGAAUGCUUCGACGGGUUUCACCACUCAUCCCAGUGGAGGUAUUCUUAGGUAGUAAAGACGAAUAUGAGCCCGAGGUCUGUGAUAAGCUGUUUCCAAGACUAGGUGCUAAAUGUAUUGUAUUGGAAGAUGUAUACGGGGUAGAAUUUUUUAAUUCAUUCGAUAUACAAUCUUAUCAGUUGAAAUCGCUGGCGAUCUUGGCGUCCUCUUUUGAAGAUGUUAUUUUCAUUGAUGCUGAUAACCUUCCACUUCGUGAUGUGGAGGAGUCACUCUAUCAAGAACCAUAUUUAAGCACAGGCUACAUUAUCUGGCCAGAUUACUGGUAUAGAACCACAUCCACCCAUUAUUAUGACAUUGCCGGUAUCAUACUGGGUGAACGUGUACGAGGAGAUUUGACAGUAACAAAUCCUGGCGAGAUUCCACAAGCCGACUUGAAGAACGCAAUCCCGAAUAAAAGCUCAGAAUCAGGCCAGAUAAUGAUAUCCAAGUCCAAGCAUUACAGAAGCCUCUUGCUGACAGUCUAUUACAAUAUCAAUGGAUACACAGCUUACUAUAAGCUAUUCAGUCAAGGAAGUGGCGGUGAGGGUGACAAGGAGACAUUUAUUGCAGCAGCACUUGCUUUGGAAGAGCCGGUAUACCAAGUCAAGACUGAUCUCAGGCCCGCUGGAAGAUUCACGCCAGAUGGUUUUCGAGGUUCCGCUAUGCUUCAGGCAGUCCCAUACGACGACUAUGAAAAGCACGUUCUUAAGACCUGGCCAGAAAAUGAACGACCACGUAUACUUUUUGUUCACUUCAACAUGUUUAAACUUAAUUUACGGCUAUUACUCGAAGGAGAACCAGAUCAUUAUACCACAGACGAAAACCGAGUCAGAUACUGUGGCAAGCCUUCAGAUAACACAGAAAUCUUCGACUAUCAAGAUAUUGAAUAUUACAUGUGGAGGGAGGUCACAUGGGCAGCAUGUGAUAUGCCUAAGUUGGGAAUCAAUUUCAAAGAUUGGAAGAAGUCUGAUAUGAAUGAGAUGUGUACAAAAGCUAAAGAGCAUCUACAGUGGCUGGUAAAGACGCAUAGUUCAUAA